AUUAUGACAGUAGAGCUACAAUGGCAGAAGAAUUUAUAUGAAAAUUAUGGUCUACCGGAUAAUUAUACGAAUAGCUCAUUCUUAGAACAAUUACGCAAAAUAAAACCAAAUAAUGUAACAUUAAUCGAAGCAAUAACUUUCGGUGCCAGCAUAUGCAUUCAACUAAAUAUUGUCAUUCUUUUUGUUAUUAUAUUUAUUUGGUUAUACAAUGAAUGGGCCAGACCUGAUAUCAUAUUUGUAUUUGGGGUAAUAUUCACAAUAUUGGGUUAUUUUAUAUAUUGUUUGAAAGAGGCAAGUACUUUGAUAGAGUUCACAAAACAUGUUAGAACUGUAUUGAUUUUUCUUACAUUUGGAUAUAUUUUGUCACCUGUUUUGAAAACUUUAACGGAUACCAUCAGUACAGAUACAAUUUACGCCAUGACAAUAUUAAUGUUCUUGGUACAUUUAAUAUUUAGUAAGUACGGUCCUUUACAGAUCUCUUUGUCCGAUUCUUUGUCCAUAACAUCUUCAAUAUUUGGUUCCUUAAUGCUAGCAUCUAGAUUGGCAUCUCCUUUACAUGCCUUUUCUCUUCUCACUGUAUCUGUUCAGUGUUUUGUUUUAUUACCGUUUUUAAUGCAUAAAUUAACUAGCAAAAUACUGAUCUCAAGUCUUUUAACAUUAAAUACAUUAUAUUUUCUUCUACUAGUUUCACAAACUCUUUCUUAUGUAUUUAUUGCAACUAUAGUAUUUUUACAUUUUAUUUGCCCUUAUUGGUAUGUAAGAUGCCAGAAGUACAAAGAUAAUAUUUAUGGGCCAUGGGAUGAGGCUGUUAUUACUUCUUAGAAAAUAUUUAAUAUAUUUUCUUCCACUUAUUGUAAUAUAUGGAAUUGUAAAUUUAAAAAAAGGGCAUUUAUAAAUAUUUAUUAUUAAUACACAACAUAAUUUUAAUAUAGCAACAGAACAUAACUAUGAAAAUGUAUUUUACAUAUAUAUUAUUAUGCUUAACAAAAUUGUAUUUCAAAAUGAUAUACAUCAACAAUUUUCUAAAUGUUCAAUUAUAAUUCGAGAAUGUUAAUUAAUAAAAACAUGAAGGUACUUUUUUAAAGUAAAUUGUACUUUUAUAUAAAUCAUUUAUUGAAAAUUUGUAUCUGUCGAAUUAUUAUAAUAAAUACUGUCUACGAGAGUUUUGGCAGAUGUUCGUAAAUACACAGAUAUGUAAAAAAAUAUGUUAUAAAUUCGAAUUAUAGACGGGAUGUUAUUGUACAA